UGUGAAUGUCCUUGAGUGGCCCAGCCAGAGCCCAGACUUGAACCCGAUUGAACAUCUCUGGAGAGAUCUGAAAAUGGCUGUGCACCGACGCUCCCCAUCCAACCUGAUGGAGCUUGAGAGGUCCUGCAAAGAAGAAUGGGAGAAACUGCCCAAAAAUAGGUGUGCCAAGCUUGUAGCAUCAUUCUCAAAAAGACUUGAGGCUGUAAUUGUGGUGCCAAAGGUGCUUCAACAAAGUAUUGAGCAAAGGCUGUGAAUACUUAUGUACAUGUGCUUUUUUUUGUUUUUUAUUUUUAAUAAAAUUGCAAAGAUUUCAAACCAACUUCUUCACGUUGUCAUUAUGGGGUAUUGUUUGUAGAACUUUGAGGAAAGUAGUGAAUUUAAUCUAUUUUGGAAUAAGACUGUAACGUAACAAAAUGUGGAAAAAGUGAAGCGCUGUGAAUACUUUCCGGAUGCACUGUAAGUUAACUGUUUGAAACUAAAAUAAUAAUAGUAAUCACAAUACAAGCAUACAGAAUACAUCAUCUUUCAGUCAGCACUAUUGUCAGACACAUGCAGUUAUAGAAAAUUAAUCAACACCUUCUGUGAUAUUACAUGUAUUGACGAUUUGGUAACACUGUGCAUUUUGUUUUGUUUUGUUUUUUAAUCAGAGGAUUACAGCUAUAAGACAGAUAUGUGGUGGAAUCAUGCAGCUGUCACACACGUUUUGGUGGCCUUGUUUGGAAUGGGAUCAUGGAUAGCUGUAAACUCGUUUUGGGUUGAACUACCUGUGGUGGUAAACGUUUUGCCAGAAGGAUGGAAUUUGCCGGCCUAUCUCUCAGUGCUCAUUGCCUUUGGUAAUGUGGGUCCACUGGCUGUCACCAUAACCCACCACUUUGCUCCUGGGUGUCUGAAUGAGCGUGUGCUCAUUCAUGCCAUACAGACCCUGGCAUUGGUUGCUUCAGCCUUUCUCGCCCUCUUCUGGUCUGAAGUGGCUACAGUUGCCGGGAAACCAAGAUCUGUGGCCUUCAUGCUGCUCACUGUGGUGCUGUCAACUGUGUGCUGCACAUCUAAUGUCACCUUUUUGCCCUUUAUGUUCCGUUACCCUCCACAGUACAUCCGGACGUUUUUUGUUGGCCAGGGGCUCAGUGCGCUCUUCCCCUGUAUCGUGGCACUAGGGCAGGGUGUGGGAAAGGUCGAGUGUGUCGAGACAGAAAAUGGCACACAGACUCAUUAUCUCAAAGAGAACUUCCCAGCACAGGACUUCUUCUGGUUCCUGUUUGUGAUGCUGGCCAUCUCUUCACUCUCCUUCCUGGUUCUGACAUACACAGUUGCAACAUCUACUGAAGCAGAGGUCCAUCAGGUCCCAGAGCAAGAGACUGAGAAAUAUCAAGGACGAGAGGCGCACCCGCUACGAAAUGAAGAAACGGCAGUGUCCGAGGAACACGUAGAAGUGGAGAAAAAGAACCCUGCUGUGUCCUUCUGGACUUUACGCAAUAUCUACCUGCUCCUGCUGCUUGGAGUCUCCACUGCUCUGACUAAUGGAGUGUUGCCGUCAGUGCAGAGCUUCUCCUGCCUGCCAUAUGGUACUAAGGCUUUUCACCUCUCUGUGGUCUUGGGAAACAUCGCAAACCCUCUGGCAUGCUUCGUGGCCAUGGGUGUUCUGCUAAGGUCUAGUGUUGGCCUUAGUUUUAUGUCUCUUGGAGGAGGACUAUUUGCUGUCUAUUUGCUGUGUCUGGCUGCUCUUAGUCCAUGCCCACCCCUCUUAGGAACCCACGCAGGAGUGGCUAUGGUGGUGAUUUCAUGGAUCAUCUUCACAGGCCUGUUCUCGUAUGUGAAAGUUGUAGUUAGCACUCUUCUUCAUGAGGCAGGACACACUGCUUUGCUCUGGUGUGGAGUGUUCAUUCAGGCUGGCUCUCUCAUCGGCGCACUCUCUAUUUUCCCGCUAGUGAGUGUGUACCAGGUAUUUCAGCGAGCUCAGGACUGUGUGAACACCUGCGUCUAGCACCCAUGUCAGCAUUUAAUCACAUUCACUUUGUGCCUUUAUCUGAUGAGUAGAAUUAUUCGUGGGAUGAAAAUGGAAAGGAUUGUGAUGUUUCACUCUUUGAAGUAUGACGUAGAUAAUGUAUCAGACUGUGUACAACAAUGUUUGCAACAAGACAUACCCGUAUACAUGCAAGCAUGAACUCAUUCCCAAGGUAGUUGAGUCGUUAACUAUGAUUACAUGCACAUCAGUAUUCCGAUAUUAAUGGUAAUUUGGCAAUAUUCUAAUUAGUAUUGAGUCAUGUUAAUGCCGCAGUCCGAUUGCCCGAUUCAGAUUAGGUCAAAAUUCUGAUUCCCUAAAUUCUGAUUCCCAUCCCUGGAAUAUGUCUGUUUUAAUUGGAAAUUUGUUGCAUGUAAACGCCUUAUUCAGAAUACACUGAAAUUAGAUACAUGCACAUGCUCAGUCCACAAGGAAUUGUGGGUGCGUACAGAUGCUUAACUGUGUAGGCUUGGUAUUUGGGAAUGACAACUCGGGCAUACUUACAACAACCAUGUAUACAGGAAUAUUCCCAUGCCGGUACGCAUCUAACCAUGGUAUUACAGAAUAUUGGUGCAACCCGAAUAUAGACCUUAAAUGGAAUUUGAUGUGCAUUUAAACAUAGUCAAUGACAAUUAUGGCAAAUGCAGUCCCCGCCAAAGUAUUGGAACUGCAAGGUCAAUUAUUUUGUUUUUGCUAAACACUGAAGACAGUUGGGUUUGAGAUCAGAAGAUUAUGACUGUGAGAUGAUGGAUCAGAAUGAAGCUGCAGUACAAGCCUGGAAAAGCAUCACAAAGGAAGAAUGCAACAGUUCGGUGAUGUCCGUGGGUCACCUGCUGUAAGCAAAGGAUAUGCAACCAAAUAUUAAGUGUUGUUUAUCUGUUCCAAUACUUUUGCUCACCAAAAAAUUGGGUGUUCUGGCACCAACAGUGUUUAACACACCUAGAUGUAAAUAUCAGGAAAUGAAAGCUGAAAUUCUGAUCUAUUGUCUCAUAUCCAUCUUUUGAUCUCAAACCCAAAUGUCCUCAGCGUAUAGCAAAAACAAAAGAAUUGGCCUGACUGUUCCAGUACUUUCGGAGGGGAGUGUAUCUUCGAAAAUGUAGAGGUGGUUUUGUAAUUUUAGACCUAGAUAAAAUGUAUUCGGGGGUGGGGGGGGGGGGGUGGUUGGCUGAUUUUGCCCCUCCCACUUUCAUGUUGUCUGUUAAAUACUUUCUAAUUGCACUGCUAUCAUAUAUUUCUGGCUUGCUUAGAAAAAAGGAAGAGAUGUUUCUACCUGCUUAAAUGAAAUGAAAAAAUACCAUAGCAGACUCUGUCUUUGAUCUGUAUUUGAUCAAUUCAUAUUCAAGUACAAACAGUUACAUGUAUAUUAUUCCACACAGCAGUGUUCGAUUCAUUGGUUCACAUUUACUACACAUGAAACGUCAGUAUUGACCAUUUUGCUUUAGAUUCGUGUUAACACUCAUUUUGAUUGUAACUGUUUGAUCAGAUAGCUAAAUUUCAGUCAUGUUUAUGAAUUGCUUUUUUAAAAUUAAUUUAUGUAAUGAGUUACUUAAUAAUUUUUCCUUUUUUAAUUUUAUGACAACAUUUAAGAUCUAUGUUUGUUAUUAACCUAGUUAUAGCACUGUUAUGCAACUCUAAUUAAAAUGGAAUUCAUGGACAAUAUACAAGAAUUAUUCAAUGCAAUGUGGAGCGUGUUUCAUGUUGAAAAAGUAUAUUUAGAUGCAACUAAUAUAUGAUUUAUAGACUAAAAUUUUUUUUGCACAUUUUCUUUAAGUUGACUAAUUUUAUACAUUGUAAUUACAUAUCUGUAUAUUAAAAAUCUAUGCCUAGUCAAUGGUGUUUAGAAUUUAUGUCAAAAAUGAAAGUUUGAUUUGAUCAGAAAUUUUAUAAUGCUUAAAAACUGCUGUUUCAACUUGCAUUAUGACAUGGCUACAAAAUGUUGGUUACAAAUAGUUUAAACUAUUUUCUCUAAUAUUUAGAGUGUAAUAUAGGGGUUUAACACUUAUUAGUGACUCUGAUGUGAAGAUGUUUUUUGUUUGUUUGUUUGUUUGUUUGUUUGUUCGAUCUGUACUCUGACAUCUUUGUCAUAGCUGACUAGUGAUUGAAUUAUGUUUCCCCAAAUAAUAAUUAAUGAAACUGGUUUACUGUGUACAGUAUUAAAGAAUGGCAUAACA